UCUUGCCAACUACUACACGCAGCAGAGGCAGCGAGCACUGUUGUAACACUGUAUAGCAUAAGCUGCGUUUAUAUAUCCUUUAAGUCUGUUUGUGUGUUCACAUUAGCUAGUAUCGCCGUGACGUUUACAUCGCUGCUGAGUGCUUUAGCUACAGGCGAAGCUGUUUGUGGAGAGAUCGCUGCACUUGCGAUGAAAGCGGGAGUCCACUGCCGUUGUUCAAAAUGCUACUCUGUCCCGGCACGGAAACGUGUGCGUAAGCGAACUCCAGCCCUCACCUUGCUGUCUCUACCUGAGGAGGUCCUCCUCUGUGUGCUCCAGUGCCUCUCCGCAGAGGACCUGCUGUCUGUCAGAGCGGUUCACUCCCACAUGCGGGACAUUGUUGACAACCACUCCAGUGUAUGGGCCAGGGUCAGUUUCAAGGACACAUGGCCAUCCCCCAACACCUUAUGGCUUUUUGAGAGAGCUGCCGAUAAAGGGAAUUUUGAAGCUGCUGUGAAGCUAGGGAUUGCUUAUUUGUACAACGAAGGACCGUUGUUGAGUGAUGAGGGGCGAGCUGACGUAUGUGGUCGCAAGGCGUCCCACUUCUUCAGCCUGGCUGAGAGCCUGCGCUCUCCCAAGACGGAUCCCUUCAUCUGGGUGUUUAUUCGUCCCCCGUGGUCGCCCACCGGCAGCUGCUGCAAGGCCGUGGUGUUUGACCGUCUCAAGGCUGAAUGUGACAGUAAUGUGGAGAAGAGAGGACCCUUGUUGCACUGUUUGGCCAGAGUGUUGCAGCUGUUUGAAGGCAAUGAAAGACGCUCUGAUGCCAUAUCCAUGUUGGAGGAGUCGUCACAGGCUGGCUGUCUACAGAGCUCCUACAUUUUGUGGGAGCACAACCGGAAAGCAGCUAUGGCAGAUCCAGGCAGGUACCUCCAGUGUAUCCGAACCCUCAGGGACUAUGCUGGCAAAGGAUGCUGGGAGGCACAGCUCUCCUUGGCUAAAGUAUGCAGCAGUGGGAAUCCGCUGGGUCUGGAGUCAAAAGCCUGCUCUGACUUGGUGGCUCAGCUUUUCGGUUCCUCGAACCCGACAUCACGGCACUGCACUCAGGGCAUCCUGAGGCAAGGCAUCAAGGACACCAUGAGAUACAUCCUGGUGGACUGGCUUGUGGAGGUGACCACUAUGAAGGAUUUCUCCAGCCUGACGCUGCAUGUGACGGUGGGUUGUGUGGACCGCUACCUGGCAAUGCGCUCUGUCCCCAAGGCUCGCCUCCAGUUAUUGGGAAUCGCCUGCAUGGUAGUUUGUACACGCUAUGUCAGUAAAGAAAUCCUGACCAUACGUGAAGCUGUCUGGCUCACAGACAACACGUACAAAUAUGAGGACCUGGUUCGAAUGAUGGGGGAGGUUGUCGCUGUGCUGGAGGGAAAGAUCAGGAGCCCCACACUGCUGGACUACGGUGAGGUGCUACUGUCUCUGCUCCCUCUGGAGAGGCGGACCUCUCACCUAUUCAGCUACAUCUGCGAGCUGUCGCUGCUCUACUCUGCUCUCGCCACACCACCACCUUCCAAACUGGCCUGCGCUGCACUACUGCUGACACGAGCUCUCCAUCACUAUGCUCCCCUCUGGCCCAGCCAGUUAGUUGACUACACAGGCUUCUCCAAGGAAAACCUGGCCUCCCUGUCUGUGCUGCUGUAUGUUAAGUGUUUCAGUGAAGAUGUUCCCAAAGAUUACAGGCAUGUAUCUCUAACUGGGGUUAAACAACGGUUUGAAGAUGAUUCCUUCCAGCAAAUCAGUAAAGAAAAGGUGAUGGAUUUUAAAGAGCUGUGUCAGAUCUUGGAGAUUCCUGAGGUGGAUCCUCAGAUGGAGCCUCCCAGCCCCACUGGUCAACCAGCAGACUUCCACACCUUCCUGGCCUCUCCGUCCGGCACCAACAAGAGGAGACGGGAUGACGCCAUGCAGGCCCACAGAGCCAGCUUUGUGGCCACACCCACAGCAGAGUUGUCCAAUCAGGAGGAGACUCUGCUCGGUGACAUAUUGGACUGGAGUCUGGACACUUCCUCCUCCGGUUAUGAGGCGGACCGGGAGGAAGAGAGCGAGGGAGAGAGAGACUGCAAUUCCUCCAUGAUACCCAUCAAACUGCCCUCGCUGAAUGACACAGACGAGAGACUAGAGCACUGCAGAGCUUUGUCCAGCGAUGAAGACAGCUUCUCUGAAGUGGAAAAGGAGGUGAGCAAGGAUUGCAAAGACGAGGAACCCCUUUCCUUCCCGACAGAUCUUCACAGUUCAGGAUACUCCUCUGUGCAGAGUGUUAGCCCCUCAUCCACGAGCUCCUCCUCCACCCUCAUGCCUUGCACAUUCAAGACCGUUAACAGUUCCCUGGGCACGGCCUCCGCCAAUGCCCAGCCAGGCUUCCGCCUUUUGGUGCCCAUGCAGAGGCCCCGGGGCACCUCUACCAAACAGGUGAAGAGGAAGAACUCAGCAGCUCAUAGUGGAGGUGAGGUGGAAAGAGAAGAGGAGGAAGGAGACGAGUAUUCUGCCAAUGCAGGGUUUUUGAGCCUAUAGACGGGGGUUUUUCGACUGGCUGUUGCUCAGAGACCGCCUGCUCGGUUAUCAACCUCCAGCACUUUUCUUCAGUUCUCAAUGAUGUUCCUCACUUCGGUUCGUCUGCACUGAGCUGUUAAUUGCCAGAAGAUCAAGAGACUUCCAAGAGGAAACAAACAUUUGUUUGUUUCCUCUUGGGGGGAGAGGAAACAAACAAAUUACCAGGAAACUUGCCUUUCUGUUGCAUUUCAUUUACACGUUUACAGGCAUGGUCCAAUAACAUACCUCAUGAACCAAGACGGUCUGCUCUAAAACCACUGGAACACGAUUUGACUUUCCUCAGGAACAUUUCUGUUUUUCAGGCUUCUACAACAAUCUAUCUCGAAUCACGUUGGAUAGUUGUAAAAGAAAUGAAACUUUGGGCUUGUUUUUGGGGGGCGAAGAAGAUGUUCAUUGUUAAACUCGUAUUGUACAAAAACUUAAAACAUAGCUGACAUAUUAUUGGGAAUGUUUUUGGUUUCUGAUAUGCACUGUCUGUACAAGACUAUCUUGUAGUUGGUGAAUUUCAUCAGUAGGUGACAAGUGUCAUCUAGUUGAUAAAUAUUUCUGCAUCUGAAGCCUAAAAAUACGAUUGUAUGAACUAAUGUGUUCGGUUUUGUCCUUUUUAGUUCUACAUGUGUUUGCCAAAGGUACUGUUGCAGUGUAUUGUCAGGGGCGUCUACUUCAAUAGAAACAGAACUGUGAAAUUACUCUUAGUAGUCUGCGUCUUCUAGAGUGCAUAAACCCCGGUUGUGCUGUUAAGAAUCUUUUAUCCAUAUUACCUGGAAACGGUCCUUUUUAGACCGAAAGCUUCAGUGUUCUCUGCAUGGAUGCAAGUGUGCGGAUAUCUAUUCCACCAGUAUGAUCCAUAUUCCCCGAGAGACCGUUAGCACACUCAUCCCAUCGGGAACAACAGAUUUUAACAUGUUGGCUGAUGAGAUAUUGACAUUACAUGCUGAUAAUGUAACUUACCAAGAAUCAACAACUGGAUGAGUUUUGUACAAACCUGAGCCGAUCAUCCAGAUGUUUAUUGCUACGCAGUCCUUAACUGUUCAACUCUAAUGUAGCGAGGCACUCGACGCUGCAUGAAACGUGCCGGUAGUGAGACGUUUGAGUCAACCCACUUUUCCUCCCAUCUGAAUUAGACCUCACACUUUUAUCAUCAGACGGAGGGCAAUUCAAUGAAAUGUAACCUUUUCCCCACUUGAACAAUCGAUACUGAAGUGUUUUUGAGUGAAUUUGCUUUUCCUUGGGAGAGAAAAAGAAAUUCCGACACUAAAGGAAACGUUUUACCUGAUGGGGUUUAUAAAGUACUGUAUUCCGAAUCCAGUACACAGUACACGAUGACUGUAAAUAAAGUGUUAACUGUUAUGCCAGGCUGGUUAUAACCUACGUUUUUAAAAUGUACAUAGUACUAUAUGUAUACGUGGAGAAAGACAAGGAACAUGCCACUACUACUUGAAAUUGUUUUCGCUUCAUUCCAAAAAGGCAGUUCUCUUUGUGAAACUUGUUUUUCUACAGUGUUUGUGAUGUGAAUAUGUAAUUUUGUAUUGAAAUUAAAAAAAAGACAUCAUGCACGGUU